AUGCGCUUAUUUCUUUUACCGAUUUCCACGCGACGGACCCUCAUUUACUGCGAGCGCGUCCAGGAACAGCUGUCCGGCGCGAAACCACCGCUUCAGGAGCGUGUCAUCAACAAGGCUUCGCAGACGUGGGCGACAUGGGAAAAGGCGGAGAAAGGCUGGCAGAAGCAGGUCACGGUAUAUGGAAAUUCGCUGUUCAAGCGGAUACCGUACGAAGAGUGGGGUCUCAAAUCGAUACCGCCUGCCACGAAAAAGAGGAUAGAGGACAUCAACAAUGGCAAGAUCAAGUUCGAAUGCUUGUAUCCGGCCGCAUUCAUUGAGGAGCAAAAGGUGCCACAGAUCUUGAAGGCACUGGCAACAGAACGCCAAGCUUUACAUAGGAAGAAUAUGUGGACAUCGAUCGCGUGGAUGCCAAUCACUCUGCCUUUCACCCUCGUUCCAGUUAUCCCCAACCUUCCAUUCUUCUACCUCGUCUUCCGCGCUUGGUCGCAUUACAAGGCCCUCUACGGCUCCAAGCUGCUCGAGCACCUCACAACCAACAACCUUAUUAAGACGACCGAUUCCAAAGACAUGGACGAGCUAUACGCAGCAGGUCUUCUGCAUCCGAAGCGUGAGGUAGCGAGAGAUACCACUCGACCGACCGAAGAUCAAAUCCAACAAGUCGCCAAAGUGAUAGAGGCACAAACGAACGGCGGCCAGGAAGACGUUAUGCUGCUUCAGAGAUGGAACGGCAAGCUGAUAGCAGAAGGGUUCCAUCUGCCCGAAAUGGAGAUUGAGAUAGAGCGGGCAGUCGAGCAGGUGGAGAAGGCCAUAAAAUCGAAAGAGGAGCUAGAAAAGGAGAAAGCAGAGGUACUGCAAGCGGCCAAGUCGAAGACCUCUUGA